UACUCGCUAGUAGCUGUCGUAGUGUCGUAAGUGUUGUAGUGUUGCUAGUGUUUGUAAUUUUCUUCUCUUCGGCUGUAAAAAUUGUUUUGCUAAUGCAUUUUUGUUGUUAUUUCAUUUGAAAUCUCAAAUGAAACCUAUUCCAUAAACAAAAUACGUUAUGAAUGUAUGCUGGUACGCGUGAUAGUUAAAUUUAAAUGGACUUUUGGUGGUUUGCGGUCAUAAAUGGAUCGACAGUUUAAUGAUUUAAUUGCGAACAAACAAUUAAAUAGCUUUUUCAUUGUAUCCUAAAAGAUAAAUUUUGAACGUAUCAAAAGAAAAAUAUGCCAGCUGCCGAAAACGGUUCGUUGCAUCCAGAAAAGGAUAUGGAUUUGGCUCCAAUCAUUAAUGGUAUGGAGACAUUACCAAAAACUAAACAGGCGGAUCCUGCUACUUUAUAUUUAAGAGCUGCAAGAUCAGGAAAUUUAGAAAAAGUUUUACAAUUACUCGAAAGUACUGGUGUUGACGUAAAUACUGCAAAUGCUAAUGGACUCAAUGCACUCCAUUUAGCUGCAAAAGAUGGUCAUGUAGAUAUAGUAAAAUGUUUAUUACAAAGAGGAUGUUCCGUAAAUUCAGUAACCAAAAAAGGAAAUUCUGCACUUCAUAUUGCAUCAUUAGCUGGCCAAGAAGAAAUUGUUAAAGUGUUAGUAGAAAAUAAUGCAUCUAUAAAUAUACAAUCGCAUAGUGGUUUCACACCACUUUAUAUGGCUGCACAAGAAAAUCAUUGUAGCAUUGUUGAAUUACUUUUGCGAAAUGGUGCUAAUCAACUUUUAGUAACUGAGGAUGGAUUUUCACCAUUAGCAGUGUCUAUGCAACAAGGCCAUGAUAAAGUUGUUGCUAUAUUAUUGGAAAAUGAUACUAAAGGCAAAGUAAGAUUACCUGCUCUUCAUAUAGCGGCUAAGAAGGAUGAUACUAAGGCCACUAGCUUAUUACUACAGAAUGAUCAUAAUCCUGAUGUCACUUCUAAAAGUGGCUUUACUCCAUUACACAUAGCAGCACACUAUGGUAAUAAUAAUGUUGCUUCUAUGUUGGUUCAAAAAGGGGCAGAUGUAAAUUUUACUGCUAAACAUAAUAUAACACCAUUACAUGUAGCUGCUAAAUGGGGAAAAUUAAAUAUGGUUGAUUUGCUAAUACAAUUGGGUGCUAAUAUUGAAGCUAAGACUCGAGAUGGACUUACUCCUUUACAUUGUGCAGCAAGGUCUGGACAUGAUCAUGUUAUUGAACGUUUAUUACAAACUAACACUCCUAGAACAUUAAAAACAAAGAAUGGUUUAGCCCCUUUACACAUGGCAGCUCAAGGCGAUCAUGUGGAUGCAGCUAAAGUACUUUUAACUUACAAAGUCCCUGUGGAUGAUGUCACUGUUGAUUAUCUAACCAGUUUACACGUAGCAGCUCAUUGUGGGCAUGUAAAAGUGGCAAAAACACUGUUAGAUCAUCAUGCUGAUCCAGAUGCUAGAGCAUUAAAUGGUUUUACACCACUUCAUAUAGCUUGCAAAAAGAAUAGAAUUAAAGUCGUUGAACUUUUACUAAAACAUGGAGCAUCUAUUGAAGCAACAACAGAAUCUGGCUUAACACCAUUACAUGUUGCCAGUUUUAUGGGCUGUAUGAAUAUUGCCCUUGUUUUAGUCAGUCAUGGUGCUUACCCAGAUGCUAGUACAGUUCGUGGAGAAAGUCCUUUGCAUUUGGCUGCUAGAGCUAAUCAGUCUGAUCUUGUGAGAGUCUUGGUACGUUCUGGAGCAACAGUGGAUUCUAAAGCAAGACAUGGCCAAACACCACUUCAUGUUGCAUGUAGACUUGGCCAUACUCAGAUUGUUACAUUACUCCUUCAACAUGGUGCUUCAGUAGACACUACAACUACCGAUUUGUACACACCUUUACAUAUAGCAGCUAAAGAAGGACAUGAUGAAGUGGCAACUGCUUUAUUAGAAAGUGGAAGUUCUUUAGUGUUGACUACUAAAAAAGGGUUUACACCUCUUCAUUUAGCUGCCAAAUAUGGGAACAUUGCAGUGGCUAGUAUGCUUUUAGAAAAAGGGGCCCCAGUUAAUUCUCAAGGCAGAAAUGGUGUUACACCGUUACAUGUGGCUAGUCACUAUAACCACCAGGAUACAGUAUUCUUACUUCUUGAUAAUGGAGCAUCGCCACACAUGGCAGCUAAAAAUGGUUACACACCGUUGCAUAUAGCUGCUAAGAAGAAUCAGUUGGAUGUUGCUACUACACUGUUGAUGAACAAGUCAGAUGCGAAUGCUGAGUCUAAAGCUGGGUUUAGUCCGUUACACCUCAGUGCACAGGAAGGUCAUGAGCAAAUGUCUGAACUGUUAUUGGAACACAAGUCUGAAAUCAACCUACAGUCAAAGAAUGGUUUGACACCUUUACAUCUUUGUGCUCAAGAAGAUAAAGUUAAUGUUGCAAGUUUAUUAGUUAAUAAUAAUGCAAAUAUUAAUGCAACAACUAAAACCGGAUUUACACCUUUACAUGUAGCAAGUCAUUACGGUCAACUCAACAUGGUUAGAUUUCUUUUAGAAAAAGGCGCAGAGGUAGAUGUUCAAACAUCAUCUGGUUAUACAGCUCUUCACCAGGCUGCUCAACAAGGCCAUACAGUUGUCAUAACACUAUUACUCCAGAGCAAAGCAUCUCCAAAUAUUCAAAAUAUGCAAGGACAAACACCAUUAAACAUAGCUCACAGAUUAGGAUAUAUCAGUGUUGUAGAAACAUUAAAAGUAGUUUCUGAAACAACUAUAACCACUACAACCACUAGCACUAUUGAAGAAAAAUACAAGGUUAUAGCUCCUGAAUCAAUGCAAGAAACAUUUAUGUCCGAUUCUGAAGAUGAAGGAGAUGAAGAUCCGAUGUUGAACGAUCAACACCAAUAUCGCUAUAUGACGGUGGAUGAUAUGAAAUCAUUAGGAGAUGAUUCAUUAAAAAUAGAUGUUACAAGAGAUGAGAAAACAGAUUUAGCUAAUGAUUCAGCCAUUGCCAACGAGUAUGUAAGUAAUACACAUUAUGUUUCACCCCAGUAUUCACCCAACCCCUCUGGAGUUUCUUUACUAUCUGACAACAUUGACAUCUGCCGUUCGCCUGUAAAUAUUGGGUUGGAUAGACUUGAAAGAUCGUUGGCAAUGCUCGGGCCUCGUGGAAAUACUACUGGAAUGUGGCGCGAAAGUUUCUUAGUUAGUUUUUUGGUGGAUGCCCGUGGAGGAGCAAUGCGAGGAUGCAGACAAUCAGGUGUUAGAGUGAUUAUUCCACCACGAAAGGCUCCAAGUCCUAUGCGAGUUACAUGUCGAUAUUUGCGGAGAGACAAAAUGGUCAACCCACCGCCCUUGAUGGAAGGAGAAGCAUUAGCCAGUAGAAUACUCGAACUUGGUCCAGCUGGAGCCAAAUUUUUGGGACCUGUCAUUAUUGAAGUACCUCAUUUUGCAUCAUUGCGAGGAAGAGAAAGAGAGCUAGUAGUUUUAAGAUCAGAAAAUGGUACGACAUGGAAGGAACAUAGUUUGGAAGCUAACGAAGAAGCUGUGCAAGAAGUACUCAAUGAUAGCUUUGAAGGAGAAGAACUCAGGCAGAUUGAAGACCUUAGAACUAGUCGGAUUGAACGAAUAUUGACAUUAGAUUUUCCUCAAUAUUUUGCUAUUGUUUCAAGAUUACGUCAAGAAAUACAUCCUGUUGGUCCGGAAGGUGGAGUUAUGUCUUCUACCGUUGUACCACAGGUGCAAGCAUUAUUUCCAGCCAAUGCAUUAACAAAACGUAUAAAAGUUGGCUUACAAGCUCAACCUAUUCCUGUUGAAUUGGUAGCAAAAUUAUUUGGCAACCGUGUCGCAGUGUCUCCUGUUGUAACCAUUGAACCUCGCAGAAGAAAGUUUCAUAAAGCUAUUACUCUGACUAUUCCUCUGCCACAAGCCACUACUAAAGGAAUGAUAAACCAAUAUUCAGGCGAUGCCCCUACAUUGCGAUUGCUUUGCAGUAUGUCAGGUGGUCAGUCUAAAGCUCAGUGGGAUGAUGUUACUGGAGGAACACCAUUGACUUUUGUCAAGGACUGCGUAACUUUUACGACUACUUUAUCUGCAAGGUUUUGGCUGAUAGACUGUAGAAACGUUAGUCAAGUUAAAAACAUUGCAACACAACUUUUUAUUGAAGCUAAUUAUGUUCCAUUCAUGGCAAAGUUUGUAGUGUUUGCUAAAAGAACAGAUGUUAUGGAAGCACGUCUUAGAGUAUUUUGCAUGACAGAUGAUAAAGAAGAAAAAACAUUAGAAAACCAAGAGCACUUUGUUGAAGUAGCCAAAAGUAGAGAUGUUGAAGUGCUGCAAAACAAAAAUGUAUAUGUGGAGUUUGCUGGUAAUUUAUUACCUAUAUUUAAAACUGGCGAACAACUAGAAUUAAACUUCACUGCUUUCCGUGAAAAUCGUUUACCAUUUACUGUUCGCAUACGAGACCUGGAGGAUACUAAUGUCGCACGAAUUCUGUUUAUGCGUGAGCCCAAAGUAAAUCGAGGUGAUCCCGCACAGACACCUUUAUGUGUAUUGAAUGUGACCAUUCCUGAAGAUAUUGUUAAUGUAACAACCAAAUCUGAAUCAGAUUUAUUAAGCCUUGAUCGAAGUUACAAUUUUUAUGAUAAUGGUUUUGAACAAGUUGAUACAAUACGUAGAGCUGAUAUUCGUUUGUCAGAUAUUUCAAACAUGCUGGGUGAUAAUUGGCCGUCUUUAGCAGCCGAACUAGGGAUUCUUCAAUCAGACAUCAGUAUUAUCCAAUCAGAAUACCCAGGUAACACCCAACAACAGGCUAUGGUCAUGCUUAAGUUGUGGUUACAAACAUUUGGACAACAAGCAACUGGGAAUUCGCUAGAAAAGGCAUUGCGAACAAUCAAUCGUGAAGAUAUAGUGAAUUUGUGUAUACACAAUAUUGAGAUUGUAACUGAUGAUAUGGAAAAAGCAGUAGCAAAAGUACAGUUAGAUCAGUCUGGAUUUGAUUCUCUAAAAGAGGAAUUAGGACCAUCCAGAGAUGGAUCUCUUGGUCGAAAAACUUCUCUUUCUAAUCAUAAGAAAGUCAAACAAGUAGAAUCAAAUAAUAUUAGUCAACCCAUAAAUGUUGAUGAGGAGUUAAUAAGUGCUUUAAACAAACAGAUGGUAGUUGAUAAGAUUGUGGAUAAACCCAAAAUACUAGAUGAUAAGUAUGCUGCGGAAGUUAAAGAAUAUGAUUCCAAGACACCUAAUGGUGUAUCAUUCAAAGUAAACACACCUCCACCAAGCCCAACUGAGCAAUCUGAUAAAACUGAUAAAAGAAAAGCUGCUUCAAAUAGUUAUGACAGUAAUGUUUCUGAAGUAGUUGAUGAGAACAUUCUUUAACAUAUGGACUAUCAAGUAAUUAGAUAAUUUAUGUCCACUCAUUAGGAUCGCAUAACAAAAAUGUUAGCUAAUAUUAUGAGUUAUUAUUACUCGUGAAUUAAUCUUUUUUUGCUAAUGCACAAAAUUUAAAAAAAAAAAUUAAUGCUGAUUGUUUUUUCUUUUCUUUAUUUUUGUA